ACACAAAUUGAAAAUCGAAAAUGAAAGUACAGGAGGAUUUUUAAAAAAUACAAAACAAACAAACAUACUGUUUGUCUCAGACUGGGUUAUCAAAAUAGUAAUGUUGAUAUACAUACAAGUGUUCAUAAGGACUUGAGCAGAAUAGAAUAUUUGAACAUGAAUGGUGAUCACAUUUGUAUAACCAAAAUAGAGCCGCCAAAAGAUGUCAUACUUGUUGAACAUCCGGAAAAUAAAGAUACAAACUGUUUUGCAAUUUCACAUACCAUCAACACUUCACCUCGUGUCGGCGACGUGCAGUUUGUUAAGGAACAUGUUAGUGUUAUUUGCCCUUACACCAGAUGUGUCAUGAAAGAACCCGUGAAAAACAAAAUAUGUGGACACACAUUUGAUAAAUACGCAAUGAUGGACUAUCUGAAAUUGAGCCGGUACCCAAGAUGUCCUUUGGCUGGUUGCACGAAUGUAAAACGCCUUGAAGCCUCUGACUUUGAAGUGAACAAAACUGUGCAGUUGUACAUCGAUAGAACUAGAGGAUUACGACAAUAACGAGACCCUUAACGAUAAAGAAAACAUCAAAAUUUGUCAAGUAAUCUAGGGCGGAAACGAGGACAUCAUCGAAAUCUCAGAAAUCUGACAGUGCUAUUUAUUCAAGUAUAAACACUAGCUAGCUAGCUAGUAAAUAGUCAAUUACUUCAUUAUUUAUUUCAUGGACAAAACAUCAACUAUAACAUUGAUGUCAUAAUUUGUGAAUGUGUAAGAGUGCGUAGAGAUAUUUGUUUAGUUUGCGUGAUUUGCUUUGCUUGAUUUUGGGUUUAAAGUCAUAAAAGAACGGUUGUUGUUAAAUGAAAGCAGUUAAGAACGACUCGAGAUGCCAUGCAAAAUGUCAGGCUAGAGCUAAGGACUUUUUGCAAGUCAGUUAUGUCGUCCGAAAGAAAUUGUUGACGGCGGACGGACGGACGGACGUUCGGACCAACGAACGACAGACACAGCUUGGUCACAAUAGCUUGAUCAAGUCUUCUUUUCAAGUGUUGGCUAUAGCUAACAUCAACUAGCCUAAGGUAUAUAUGUAAAUGUAGUUGGUCUACUACCCAACGAAUAUUUAUAGUAGAUUUUUUCAAGUGCAUAUUUGGAAAAUUAAAUUAACAAAGUAUUAUGUUAAAGAAAAUGCGUAAGGUUUGAAAACUUGUUAAACUGAAUGCCAUUUAAAUGAUUCAAUGUAUAAAAAGAGUGUUUGAAUCAAAUUUGUGUACUUAUCCGUUAUUUUAUUUCUAUGAGCUUUUUAUUUCGCCAGUAAUAUAACACAAGCGAUGGUUCGAAAUGGCUUUGGCAUGUUCUUCCUUACGAACACUUACUUCAAGAAAAGCUUGGAUUUUGUGAAAAAAGUUAAAUGAUUGAGGCAAAUAUUUAUCUGAAAGACCUUUUGUGAUAAAUAUUGCAUCCGUAGGUUUAAUCCUUUGUCUUGUAACUAUUUUUAAAUAUUGUGCUUCUUUACUAGAGUGUUUUGAAAUGCUUUCGUUUAACGGCAUGCUAAAGUGAAUGUUUUGUCAAAACUUAAUUGUUCAUUAGAGCUGCAGAUAUUUCCUGUGGAUAGGUAAGAUCGAAGCGUACGAAUUCCAGAAACAUGUGUAUAAGAUAAGCUAUUAGAAAAUAUUUUACGUUUUGUGUUAGCAUUUAUUAUUUAAAGAAUAAACAUUUAUAGAGAGCUUA